AUGUCAGCUCCUGAUGUCAAAGAAGAUACUUAUCCCGCCAGGAGUCAGAAAGUAAACGGAGUCGUGAAUGGAACCCCUACCGAGGUGAUGUCGACUAGUUACUCUGAUCGGAUCUUGGUCACAGUUAGUCAAGAAGGGAGACUAUCACAAUGGGUCCAAGUUCCCCUAACGCCGUCUGCUGCCGGCAGCGUUGACAUGACACUUCCUGCUGCAAGCCAUGGUCUCCUCCCAUCCACACACCUCACACCAACAACGCUACUGGGCGGAGGCGGGGAAGAGCGCGAAACCAUCGGACAGCUCUACGCAGCACAGAUUGCGAGCUUUCUAUCGCUACGCUACCCCGAUGAUAGAAGGACCUUGGUUGUUGGAUUCGGACUGAAAACCAUUGAUAAGGAAAGAGAGGCCUUUUUCGAUCUUUUUGAGCUCGCUCGAAAAGUCUUGUAA